AUGCUUAACUUUCAAUCCAUCGAUAUUGACAUUGGUGAUGAAACUAUUUGGGUUCAAGUCAGUGCUAGCCUCGACGAGCUUUACUAUAAGAUAGGGAAGACUAGUCCAGUCCACGUGUUCUCAGCUUUUGUGUGUCCUGGGGUUUGCACUGGAGGAUACUUCAGUGGUGGAGGGUAUGGACCGAUGAUGAGAAUGUAUGAACUCAUGAUUGAUAAUAUCAUAGAAGCUCGGAUAAUGGACGUGAAUGGUAAAAUACUAGACAGGAAGACGUUGGGAGAGGAUGUGUUUUGGGCCAUUAUAGGAGGAGGUGGAGCAAGUUUUGGAGUUAUCCAUUCGUGGAAGGUCAAAUUGAGUCGUGUCCCACCCAAAGUAACGGUUUUCAGAGUUAAUAGGAGUGCAGAACAAGGCUCCUUCGAGGCUUUUUAUCGUUGGCAAUAUGUGGCUCCUAACCUCCCUAAGGAGGUUUUCGUAAGAGCACAAUUGGAUGUGGAAGAAUUGGAUGAAAUUAUAUGCAAAGACCCAAAAUCUGGAAUUACAAACAAUAAGGAUGAGGAUGUAUUAACAAAAUUAUUUGGUAAUCCAAAUUCUUGGCGCUUAAUCGGAAAAGGAAGGGGGGUGGUAGAGAAACACCAAGUGAGGGGCAUCCACAAUAUUCCACAAUCCAACAAUAUUCCUUUUCCUAAGAGUGUUGGAGUUAAAAAGAGCUAUAAUUUUACAGAAGCAAGGAAUGCUUGCUACUUGCUUGAUUGGUCAGAUGCAAUUGUUACUGAAGGUCGUUGGGCUUCUAGUGAUCUUGACUUAUAG